CCACCGCGGCCCCGACCCUCCGCUCCCCCGGCUCCGGCGCCACCAACCCCUCGCCCUCCCCCCUCCUCUUCUCUCCUUUUUACCCUCUCUUUGCUUCUGCUCUGUGAUCCGUGGGUUUGGGGGACUUCCACCGAUGGAGAACUCGGAGCUGCAGCCUUCCUCGGAGAAACCCUUCCGCCUCUUCUCCACCAAACCUAAACCCCCUCCCAAGACGCUUCCCACUCCCGCCCAACUCUCCAACCCCGCCUCCAUCGACACCGACCGCGGCGAUUCCGAUGCCGGCGCCGGCCCCGUCUCCUUUUCCGACCUGGGUCUCUCCCAGUGGGCCGUCGAGACCUGCCGCGAGCUGGGCAUGCGGCGGCCCACCUCCGUCCAGCGCCGCUGUAUCCCCCGUAUCCUCGCCGGCGACGACGUCCUCGGCAUCGCCCAGACUGGCAGCGGAAAGACUGCCGCCUUCGCCCUCCCCAUCCUCCACCGCCUCGCCAAGAACCCCUAUGGCAUCUUCGCCAUCGUCCUCACUCCCACCCGCGAGCUCGCCUGCCAGCUCGCCGAGCAGUUCCGGGCCCUCGGCUCUUCCCUCAACGUGCGCUGCACCCUUAUUGUUGGGGGGAUGGACAUGAUUGGCCAGGCACGGGCCCUGGUGCAGCGACCGCACAUCAUCGUCGCAACUCCGGGAAGGAUUAAAGUCCUCCUCGAGGAGGAUCCUAAUAUCCCUGCCGCGUUCUCCAAGACCAAGUUUCUAGUUCUGGAUGAGGCUGAUAGGGUUUUGGAUGUUGGUUUUGAGGAGGAACUGAGAGUGAUAUUUCAAUGUUUGCCUAAGAAUAGGCAAACUCUUCUGUUUUCUGCAACGAUGACAAAUGAGCUGCAGGCAUUGCUUGAGAUUUCUGCAAACAGAUCAUAUUUUUUUGAGGCAUAUGAAGGGUUCAAAACAGUAGAUUCUUUAAAACAACAAUAUAUAUUCACCCCUAAGAAAUUGAAGGAUCUUUAUCUUUAUCACGUCUUGUCUAAGAUGGAGGAGGAGGGUAUCCGUUCAGCCAUUGUAUUUGUUUCCACUUGCAGGACUUGUCAUCUUCUGAGUUUGUUGUUGGAAGAACUUGAUCAGGCUGCAGUAGCUCUGCACUCACAUAAGUCGCAGUCUUUGAGACUUUCUGCUUUAAAUCGAUUUAAGUCUGGUCAGGUUCCUAUUUUGCUUGCCACUGACAUAGCUAGCCGUGGUUUGGAUAUUCCAACAGUUGAUCUUGUUAUCAAUUAUGACAUUCCAAGGUAUCCAAGAGACUAUGUCCACCGUGUUGGAAGGACUGCGAGAGCUGGCAGAGGAGGACUUUCUAUUAGCUUUAUUACACAGAAUGAUGUAGAUCUUAUUCACGAGAUAGAAGCUGUUAUUGGAAAGCAAUUAGAUAAAUUUGAAUAUGAAGAAAAAGUGGUUCUGGAAGAUAUCACCAAG